GUAGUCCUAAAGAAACCAUGCGCGUGUUGGUGUUUUUAAUUAUGGUGGCGACCGUUGUCGCGGUAUCCCAGUCAUCAAACCGAAUUGUCGGUGGUAACAUUACCACCAUUGAAUCAUACCCAUUCAUGAGUAACAUGCGAACAUUGAGCUGGGGCGGUUGGUGGUAUCAGGCCUGUGGUGGUUCACUUAUCACAUCUAAAGUUGUGUUAUCGGCUGCGCACUGCUAUUACGGUGCCUUACCAUCGGCUUGGAGAGUCGUGCUUGGUUCAACAAUGUCUUCAAGCGGUGGAUACACAUACAAAGUGUCUCAGUUAAUAUUGCAUGAAAAUUAUAUUGCGGCAUUACAACUCAAUGACAUAGCUAUUGUAAAACUACAAGUCAGCGCUAUAAUGUCCAGUCGAGUGGGCAGAGCACGUAUUGCAGGUUCCAGUUAUAAUCUUCCUGAUGGAACAACAGUCAAUGCGGUUGGGUGGGGUACAACCUCGUCUGAGGGUAGACCAUCGGAGCAGCUGCGCGAUGUUCAUCUAAAAGUAAUCAAUCGAAAUAUAUGCGCUGAAAGGUAUGCCGCUCUCAAGAAACAACCUGGUUACGAAGACUGGCCUGAUAUCACAGUAACGAUGCUUUGUGCUGGUGUUCUUGAUGAAGGUGGCAAAGAUACAUGUCAGGGCGACUCAGGAGGACCAUUGUUACACAAAAAGGAUAUACUUGUCGGGAUUACGUCUUGGGGAUACACGUGCGCUCAUCCACGCUUUCCAGGCGUCAACACUCGAGUCUCUAGUUAUUCAAACUGGAUACUCACCCACGUUAAGUAGUGCAAAGUUAGGCAAUUAACUUAGAAUUUGAUGGUGAAAGUUCAAAGAAGUCAGCAGCAAGAUUUUUUCGACUUCUGCGAUUCUGCGCUUCACCAUUCUUGCCAACUUACGUGCAAAACACGAGGUUUUAUUAUGUUAUAUCAAAAAAAUCACGACGAAGUUUUUGGUACAUGUUUAAAAAAAAGAUGUUAUAUUUUAAAUAAAAGUUAUAAAUUCUACUACUAUCUACCUACUAA